AUGGCCUUCAAAAUCAGCACCGCCGAAUCUCUUCGUGCCGCUCUCGCACAACUCGACGCCAAUAUCAAGGAUGCAGUAAAGAGGGGGGAGGUAAAAAAGAUGAUGAGGAAGUCGAACGAGGUCAUGAAGGAGGUUUUACGUGUCAAAAAGGCCCAGACACAUCCUGAGAUUUUCAAGGAAUUCGGACAGUUUCUGUGGUCGGUUGUUGUGGAUUACAAGAAAUCCAAUGCCGCGGUAUCAUACCCCAAUCCUGAUUGGAGAUGA